UCGCAGAGGGCAGCCAGUCGCGCGGGAGCGGCUGGCGCGCGCGAGGGUGUUGGGCGCCGCCGCGAGGCGGGGAAGCGCGGGACCGCGGCGCUGCGGGUUAUAGGGCGGCGGCCGCCUCCACAGCAGCAGCGCCCCGGGGGGGAAGGGCGGAGGAGGCCGGACGAGCUGGGGAUGGAGAGUAUCAGGUCCCUCACCGCCUCACAGCGCGGGUACGGCUGUGGGCGCGCACAGUGACGGCGCCGGUAACCCUGGCCCGGCAGCGCAGAGGCUGCUUCGCUAGAAGCCCGCGGGCUGGGCCGUGAGGAGCUGCCGGGGCCUGGCCGGGCCUCGCUGAUCCCGGCUCCGCGCGGCGGCCUUCCCCGUUUCUGCUCCGGCCUCUCGGCAUGAGAGUCCGCCCGGGGCCGGGGCUGCGGCUGCCCCAGACCCGCCGCCCGCUGGCGCGCUCCGGACCCGCGGAGUUGCGGUGCUGAUACCUGCGCCGCCCUCCUGCUGUGUUCCCCGGGGGCGCGGCCAUGGAGGUGGUGGGGGACUUCGAGUACAGCAAGAGGGACCUCGUGGGACACGGGGCCUUCGCCGUGGUCUUCCGGGGGAGGCACCGCCAGAAAACUGAUUGGGAGGUAGCUAUUAAAAGUAUUAAUAAAAAGAACUUGUCAAAAUCACAAAUACUACUUGGAAAGGAAAUUAAAAUCUUAAAGGAGCUUCAGCAUGAAAAUAUUGUAGCACUCUAUGAUGUUCAGGAAUUACCCAACUCUGUCUUUUUGGUGAUGGAGUAUUGCAAUGGUGGAGACCUCGCAGAUUAUUUGCAAGUGAAAGGAACUCUCAGCGAAGACACUAUCAGAGUGUUUCUGCAUCAGAUUGCAGCUGCCAUGAGAAUCCUGCACAGCAAAGGAAUCAUCCACAGAGAUCUCAAACCACAGAACAUCUUGCUGUCCUAUGUCAAUCGCAGAAAGUCAAGUGUCAGUGGUAUUCUCAUCAAAAUAGCGGAUUUUGGUUUUGCUCGUUACCUACACAGUAACAUGAUGGCUGCAACACUGUGUGGAUCCCCCAUGUACAUGGCUCCUGAAGUUAUUAUGUCUCAACAUUAUGAUGCUAAGGCUGACUUGUGGAGCAUAGGAACAGUCAUAUACCAAUGCCUAGUUGGAAAACCACCUUUUCAGGCCAAUAGUCCUCAAGACUUAAGGAUGUUUUAUGAAAAAAACAGGAGCUUAAUGCCUAGUAUUCCAAGAGAAACAUCACCUUACUUGGCUAAUCUCCUUUUGGGUUUGCUUCAGAGAAACCAGAAAGAUAGACUGGACUUUGAAGCAUUUUUUAGUCAUCCUUUUCUUGAGCAAGUUCCAAUUAAGAAAUCUUGCCCAGUUCCAGUGCCCGUUUAUUCUGGUUCUGUCUCUGGAAGCUCCUGUGUCGGCUCUCCAUCUUGUCGUUUUGCUUCUCCACCAUCCCUUCCAGAUAUGCAGCAUAUUCAGGAAGAAAACUUAUCUUCCCCACCAUUGGGUCCUCCCAACUAUCUACAAGUUUCCAAAGAUUCUGCCAGUACUAGUAGCAAGAAUUCUUCUUGUGACACGGAUGACUUUGUUUUGGUGCCACACAACAUCUCGUCAGACCACUCAUAUGACAUGCCAACGGGAACUGCUGGUAGACGUGCUUCAAACGAGUUUUUGGUGUGUGGAGGGCAGUGUCAGCCUACUGUGUCACCUCACAGCGAAACAGCACCAAUUCCAGUUCCUACUCAAAUAAGGAAUUAUCAACGCAUAGAGCAGAAUCUUACAUCUACUGCCAGCUCAGGCACAAAUGUACAUGGUUCUCCAAGAUCUGCAGUGGUACGAAGGUCCAACACCAGCCCCAUGGGCUUCCUCAGGCUGGGAUCAUGCUCCCCGGUGCCAGCAGACGCAGCACAGACAGUUGGACGAAGACUCUCCACUGGAUCUUCUAGGCCUUACUCACCUUCCCCUUUGGUUGGUACCAUUCCUGAGCAAUUCAGUCAGUGCUGCUGUGGGCAUCCUCAGGGCCAUGACUCCAGGAGUAGAAACUCCUCAGGUUCUCCAGUGCCACAAGCUCAGUCACCACACUCCCUCUUAUUGGGUGCUAGACUGCAGAGUGCCCCCACCCUCACUGACAUCUAUCAGAACAAGCAGAAGCUCAGAAAACAGCACUCUGACCCCGUGUGCCCUUCCCAUGCUGGGGCUGGAUACAGCUACUCACCUCAGCCCAGUCGGCCUGGCAGCCUUGGAACUUCUCCCACCAAGCACAUGGGGUCCUCUCCACGGAAUUCUGACUGGUUCUUUAAAACUCCUUUGCCAACAAUCAUUGGUUCUCCUACUAAGACCACAGCUCCUUUCAAAAUCCCUAAAACACAAGCAUCUUCCAACCUGUUAGCCCUGGUUACUCAUCAUGGGCCUGCAGAAGAACAAUCCAAAGAUGGGAAUGAACCACGGGAAUGUGCCCAUUGCCUUUUAGUGCAAGGAAGUGAGAGGCAGCGGGCCGAGCAGCAGAGCAAGGCAGUGUUUGGCAGAUCUGUCAGUACUGGAAAGUUAUCAGAUCAACAAGGAAAGACUCCUGGAGGUGGACACCAGGGCAGCACGGACAGUUUAAAUACAGAACGACCAAUGGAUAUAGCUCCAGCAGGAGCCUGUGGUGUUGUUCUGGCACCUCCUAUAGGAACAGCAGCAAGUUCCAAGGCUGUCCUCUUCACUGUAGGGUCUCCUCCACACAGUGCGGCGGCCCCCACUUGCACCCACAUGCUCCUUCGAACAAGAACAACCUCAGUGGGCUCCAGCAACUCUGGGGUCUCUCUGUGUUCUGCGAGUGGCUGUGUGUGCUUGGGGUCCCCACCUGGCCUGGGCUUCGGCUGUUCCCCUCCAGGAGCAGAGGCAGCUCCCAGCCUGAGAUACGUGCCUUACGGUGCUUCACCUCCCAGCCUAGAGGGGCUCAUCACCUUUGAAGCUCCUGAACUGCCAGAGGAGACCCUGAUGGAGCGGGAACACACAGAUACCUUACGUCAUCUGAAUGUGAUGCUGAUGUUCACCGAGUGUGUGCUGGACCUGACAGCCAUGAGGGGAGGAAACCCUGAGCUGUGCACAUCUGCUGUGUCCUUGUACCAGAUCCAAGAGAGUGUGGUGGUGGACCAGAUCAGUCAGCUGAGCAAAGACUGGGGGCGAGUGGAGCAGCUGGUGUUGUACAUGAAAGCAGCACAGCUGCUUGCGGCUUCUCUGCAUCUUGCCAAAGCCCAGAUCAAGUCCGGGAAACUAAGCCCAUCCACAGCUGUGAAACAAGUUGUCAAAAAUCUGAACGAACGAUAUAAAUUCUGCAUCGCCAUGUGCAAGAAACUUACAGAAAAGCUGAAUCGAUUCUUCUCUGACAAACAGAGAUUUAUUGAUGAAAUCAACAGUGUAACUGCAGAGAAACUCAUCUAUAAUUGUGCUGUAGAAAUGGUUCAGUCUGCAGCCCUGGAUGAGAUGUUUCAGCAGACCGAAGAUAUUGUGUAUCGCUAUCAUAAGGCAGCCCUUCUUUUGGAAGGCCUAACUAAGAUUCUACAGGACCCUGCAGAUAUUGAAAAUGUACAUAAAUAUAAAUGUAGUAUUGAGAGAAGACUGUCGGCGCUCUGCCAUAGCACCGCAACCGUGUGAGCAGCAGGUUCAUCCUGUGGACCGGUGGUGGGAACAUGAGGUGAUGCCUUUGGGAUUACAGCUUGGUUCUGUCACCCCAAGAAACUGUAGCUUCUUAACUGGUGACUACCAAAGAACAAGCAGUGAUUUCAAAAAGGAAAAACAAUCCAAAAACUACAUAUUUGUAGGAAAUCUGCCUUAUUGGAGAAGUCACCCUUUCCCUUUUUCUCUGUAGAAGCAAGAGUGUUGGGCUCCCAGUUUGGACUUGUUGAAUAAAUGUACCAUAGAACUAGGAUAAUUGGUACAGCUAUUCUUAAAGAUAAUUAAAGUGAAACAAAGUGAGUGCUCCUCACUCAGUUCAUCAGAGCAGUGUGUGAAAUUCCAUGUGUUUGCUGAGGUAUAAAGGUAAAAGUGUUCACCCCUCAUCCAGCCAGUUUGUUAUAUGGAGUAAGUUUGUUUAAAUCUGAGCAUGCAUCUUUAAACAGCUCAGGAAGAAAUAGCUUAAGAAGAAAUGAAACAUGGAUCUUGGAAGAAAUUUUGAAAUCUUCAAUUGGAUCUGAUAUGGACACGUGUUAAUCUUCCAAAAUCUUUCAUAUUGCACUAAUUUAUUAAAACAACUGUGUAUUGGAUUUUGUAAUUUAACUGAGGCACAAUGGACUUGUUUAAAAUAUUUUACUUGAUUGUAUACAUACACCCUUUCCAGAAUUCACAUGUAAUCUCCAGUGAACUUUUAAGUGCUUGGUUGAACUUGUAUUCAUGUAAACCUUUGCAAUUUUUUUUUUUUUUACUUCUUCAUCUACACCUACAGAUUUUCUCAGUAAUAUUUUGAGUUGCUGGUUAUUAAUUCUUGGGUUCCAUUUUUUAUUGUGCAUGCAGAAUGUACAUUGAUGCCUGUGACCUUAGGUUUGCUGAAAGCUAGGUUUAUUUGGGCAGUAUUAGAAAAAAAAAAAUGGAUCAAGAGAUACUCUUGAGAAUUUGACUAGAGCCGAAACAAAGUUGGUGACCUAAAGGGUUGUUAGUGGUGUGGUGUUUCUACAUGAAGUGAGUGGAAAAUGAAGUUCGUUUUCUCCUAGGAAAAUGGGCAGCUCUCUUCAGCCUAAUGUGUAUUUUUCAUGUUAAUCCUGACAGUUGACCAAAUAGUCAUGGAGAAUGAGGCAAUUAACUUCAUAUCCCUUCAGGAAUGGUUCCUGCCUUGUGUAUUAUUUGGUUUCUUUUACUUACCUGCUUGAAUACUUGAAUAAACCAUUCACCAAUUUUAAUCCUUUUAUUUUAGUCCCUUUAUGUAAAAUAAUCUGAACUCUUUGACAAAUUGCGCAGAGCUCUUUGUCAUUAAUCUAAUUUUAAUGUACUGAUAAAAACAAACAUGGUUUUCCUUUACUUUGACAAAGUAAUGUAAUUUUUACCUUAUUUAUCUGUAUGAAAUUCCAGUAGUUAAUUUGAACAUUUAUUUAUAUGACGUUUGUAUUUUAGGUCUUUAAUACAGUGUUUCUACCUCUCAUUUGUAACUGCAUGCAUUAUUCUUGAAACUAGGUAAAACUCACUGAAUUGUUGUGUAAUAGCCUUUUUAUUAUUGCCUGUACAAAUGUAUAUUAAGGUCAAAUAAAACUGACAGUGUUUCUAGGGUGUAGUUGGGUACAUAUUAAGUGGCUUGUUGAACCAGAUGCAUUGUUAGUGAGUUCAGAGACUUGGUCAUGAAUAUCCUUUGUCCUGCCCCAGGAUUUAGAUUUUGGCAACUGUCAUGCAGGCUUCCGGGAACAUAGACUGUUCUAUACCUCCCCAGCCCUAAUUGUUAUUAGCGAUACGUUUUUGUGUAUAAUAUUUUUUGUUCACAGUGAAAUUUCAUUCAUGUUCUCUCAGUUAUCAUCUGUGUUAUCUCAGUUGUAGGUUUAUUCUGUCCUUUCCUCUCCCUCUCUCAUUUCUUUUUUAACACAGGUUGAAACAGGUUCAGAGGGGAAGUGAUUGGCCUAAAGUCAGGAACUAAGCAUGCAGUCAAGCCUGCUUUGUGACUUUCAAGUUAAUUCUUCUUGUUCUUGCAUAAUAAAGGUCUUGGGGUAGAUGGUGUGUGUGAAAGAGUGAAAACUUAACAGCAGAAAAGAAUAAACUGUAAAUUCAUGAGUAAUGGUUCUGGUUAUACUUCCAUUAUCAAGGCUAAUUCUAAGAGAUUUUGCCUUGAGUAUAGCAAUAAUAAACAAAUGCUUUAUGUU